AUGUCCUUUGAUGGAGACACUUCCCGACUGUCUACUCGGUCACGCAACACUCGUUCCCAUUCCCUCAAACCACAGAGUCAGCCCAUCAUUGCUCUCAAACAGCGUUCAAAACGCACGAUGAGCCUACCUUCCAAGCCUGUGCUGUUACCGCUGAUCAAUGUUCAACGUUGCUAUGACAAUUGGGACGGGGCUGAAAGCGAGGAUGAUGAGUCUAAUAAAAAUGAGGAAGAAAUGGGUAUGUCAUGUUUAAUGUAAACUUUGUUUGAAUCUGGUAGGAGGGGGGGGGGUUAAAAACAGAUAGCUCUCCGGUCCCUCAAUGAUUUACUGUCCGUUUCGUUUUAUCACUUUUUAUCUCGCCCCUGGUUUAAAAUGCGGACCAAGUUUUUCUUCAUAAAGUUUUUCACGUUUUUUUUAAUCUUCCGAUGUUUUCACUAUUUUUAUGCCACUGUAUAUACCUUAAUUAACUUUCGUUAAAGAAAUAUUAGGACCAAUUUUUCCAAUUUAGUGAACACUAGUGACCUGUCGGCUCAACAACAAUGGAUAAUGCCUAUGCUCCAGGGCCAUCUUAAAAAUAACCUACCGUUAGCGCUUUAGACCAUUAUAAAUUUUUUUAAAAUGCCUCGAAGUCUGGGCAUUAUUCUUAAUAUUUAACACCUGGCGACCGCACUCUCCAAAUGGUUUCCCCCAAACACUGCUAGCCUCCGCCACAGACGAAACUAAAUACUCUGCUCAAGUCUGUCUGCGAAACAGCGCCGAAAUCCUUGUUCUGGGCCCCGAUCAGUGUACCAGGAUUUGAGGACGCGACAUGAUUGGCCUGUUAAAAAUUCCAUUGUCAAUUUGCCUAUCAGAUUGAAGGGAAAUUCGAGAAGCAUUUCCGGUAAUUCGUUGAGUCCGUUGGCGGCCCAGUCGAAAAAGGAUUUUCGCGCUUUUUCGCAGACGUUACUAACCGAAGUCAAAUUAUAUAAUUACGUCCGCGGCGCGGGCUAGCGUUUUAAUUCCAAACAUAUUAACUCUUUACCCUUAUCAUUUUUCAAUAUUUUGUUCUUUCAGCCUGGUAUACACCAGUUGUUGGUCUGUCCUGUAGUCUUGCUAUUUACUUUUGGUCAUGCGCAUUAGCCUACUAUUCGAAGACUGAAUGA